AUGGGUAAUGAUCUUGGAUUGACUUCUCCAGUGUUUCCUCUUAACGAUCAAAUAGAGAAAGAAUAUCCAAAGCUCACAUCUGAGGGGAAAGUUGCUGAUGAUAUUAUAAAACAGAUUCCAGAUACAAUUAGUGAAAGCUUACUUCGAAAGACAAAAGAAAUGGCCCUGAAAAUUUACGACCUUUUUAAUGAAUUGGGGGAGGAUAGGACCAAGCGAAUUAAAACUUUUACAGCUACAACACUAACUAAAUUAUCUCAGGAUGAUAUUAAUCAUGUAUUAGCAAAGGUUUCGAACGACUCACGGAGUGAGGAUACUAACGCAUCUGAGGAAGCGAUACCAGAGGUGUCGUCUGUUAUCGUACCCGAUUCUCAAGUAGCUCGGCUCGAACAUUAUAAGUCUGAUUGCAAUAUGAAUGAUGCGGUUCCUUCUGCUGAUUCCAAGAUAUUGGAAGAUAAGGAGAUCGAUGAAUUCCUGG